AUGCGUGAGCCUACCGUCCUACAGCUCCCCUCCUCUGGAAGGACGGCCAGCCUCCAUGUCUGCGAGCCUGGCCUCCUCUGUGGCCUCUCCCCCGGGCCUGGAAGCACCAGAAAGGCGGACAUCCAGCGGGUUCUGGUCCCUAAAACACUCCGGGAUCCAACCCGAGCCUCAGCAGCAUCCACAUACAAGCAGGGCUCACGCACGCAGGAGGAAUUCAGCCGUGAGCUGAACGCCCUCCUACUGGACGGAACAAGCCCGCAUCUGCUGAUGCGUUCACGGACCGUCCGACACGACGCGACGGGUUUAAAUCAAGCUAACAUCAUCUCCAACCUGCCUGCUGUUUCCAAGAUGUACAUAUUUGGUACUAUUAAGUGUGGCAUUCUUAACAGAAAGAGUGGUGACAUGGAUAUUGAGCUAAGAUUUGGUGAUGAAGUAGCUAUGAGUCAUCUCCAAGUUUCAGUUAGAAAGUUAAAAAAACGAGCAUCCCCUGAAGGCAUCAGCAUUAAAAGCAAGCGCGAGAGGAGCAGGGUCCUUCUGCCUGCAAGUUGUCUGGAGAAGCUGGUGCCAUUAACCAGGGUAGAGCGCCUCUUUCUUCUGCUUAGCAGCAACAUGACAGCAAGACAGGGAGACUACCAGUCUAUGGCUAAUGCAUCUGGAGAAGAGAAAGUUGUUUUGGGGAGGAAGUUCUUCCCCAUUGUGGCAGGAAAAACAAAUGGAGCUCACCAAAAACUCAUCAAUGAUCUAAAAAGUCACGACCAAGUAGAAGUCUACUCUGCUGCUGAUGCUGACUACCUGUUGGUUUUCUGUCCAAUCGCUUCAAGAGUCGAGACUGACAUCAGCCAGGCGCUCAGCGACGUUCCAGCGAACAAAGAUAUAAUUCUGGUGGCGAUGCACCACAUCUUUAAUCCUGAUCAUGUCAUACCUGAAAGCAAGAAACACGUGCACAACCCAAACGUCAUCCUCGCCGUGGAUUGUCUGUUCCAUGAUGGAAAACUCCUCCUUGCUAGACGCAACGAUAAUUCUUGGUACGACAUCACAAAAGUUCUUGGAAUGCCCCAUUCCCAGAUCUCUUGGUUCAAAAAGUUUUUGGGGAGAAAGUUCUUUGUCUUUGUGGCCGGAAAUCCAAAUGGAGCUCAUCAGGAGAUUAUUGACCACCUACACCAUCUUGGUCAAGUGGAAGUGGAUUCCAUUAGUGUCUCCGACUACCUGGUAGUUCUCUGUCCCAUCGCUUCGAGGGUUGAAACCGACAUUAAUGUGGCCCUCAGCAGCAUUCCAGUUGGCAAGCCGAUAAUUCUGGUGGUGAUGCAUCACACCUACGAUCCUCAUCGUAACAUAGUGGACAGCUGGAGAUACGUGCAAAAUCCAAACGUCAUCCUCACCGUGGAUUAUCUGUUCCACGAUGGAAAACUUCUUCAUUGUGACCGCAAUCAGACGUCCCUGUGUGAGAUCAGAACGACUCUGGGAGUCUCCUCUCCUGAGAGCUUGGGAUCUUGCACCGAAUAUGUGAAGAAAAAAUGGUGGAUCGUUGUUAUUGCUGUCCUCGUUCUUAUUGCUGUAGUCAUCAUCGCAUCUGUCUCCACACACUUCUCUAAACGCUGAAACCGUGGGAAACUCAAACAAGUGCUCAACUGUUUUUAAUUUUUAAAUAAUUAUUUUUAUUAGAUUAAAUAUGGCGCAGCAGGAUUACAUGCAAGGCCCCGGGGGAUAAGGCCUGAGUGGUUUUAGUGAAAGAGAAACUCAAAGUGCACAAGUUUUUACCACAAAGAAUUGCGUCCUAAUAUGAUGUCAAUGCAAGUCAUGUUUCAAGAGCAAGUCACCCCCUACCAGAGUAUUACUCCACUCCCACUUCCUGUUUGAAAAAUGCAACAAAUGCUGUUGCCUAGCAGAACGAGAGGGCGGAGCCGCUAACAAAUACACACACACACACAGGCUCACAACGACAUUGUGACAUCAUAUGGUACCAGCUAACGUUCUAGGGUACCUCUUAGCCAAUAGCGAUGGCAGAUUUAAAUUCAAAUGCAGUGCAGAGUUUUUACCUGACAACGGCAUAACACUGACAGUUUUAGGCAGAACGUUUAAAUUUGAACUGAAAUGCACUAAAGCGCAAAACUAUUGACUACACGUGUCUACAGCACAAUUAGACACGCAUUUAUAUAGUUUAUCAGGAAAAAAUGUUGAUUUGGGGGUGACUUGCUCUUUAAAGAAAAAUGCACUUAGAAGCAAACUUGGGAUGUGUCAUUGAAUCUAUUUUAAGCGUGUCUAUAAAGCACUAGUGGGCCUGUUUUCUCUAAAAUGAACCUAAAAACUGGUAAAUGAGUUAAAACACAAACAAUUCAAGUGCUUUUGAGCUGAAGGUUUGUUUUUACAUCUAAAUAAAUAUAUGAGUCACAUAUUCCAUGCUGUUGUUC